CUACGUAGCUACUUCGUUUUUGUCACACGCGAAUAAAGACUAAUUCUUUUAGGUGUGACUUUUCUCCUUUUUGAAACACAGACAGAUACAGUUUGGUGGCUGGCAGUAUAAUCUCCUUUUUCGUUGACUCCCUUUACAGGGAACAAAGAGACUAGAGAUGUACAACGGAAUUGGACUGACAACGCCGCGAGGCAGCGGCACGAACGGCUACGUGCAGCGAAACCUGUCGAGUGUGCGGGUGAAGCGCACGAGGGAUGAACGAGGCGGAGAGAAGGACGAAAAAGAUCGAGAGAGGCUAGAGAGCCAGUUGAACAGGCAGCCCAAUGCUGACAUCCUGGAACACCAGAGGAAGAGACAACUGGAGGUCAAAUGCGCGGAACUACAGGACAUGAUGGAAGAGCAAGGGUAUUCAGCUGAGGAGAUAGAAGAGAAGGUGAACAGUUUUCGUCUGAUGUUACAGGAAAAACACGAGCCCCCACCUCCCUCCAAUGAAAGACCAUUAGUAACAGAGACCCACGCUCUGGCUGCGGCUAACCAGGAGAAGAAUGAGCGUCUGAGAGAGGCCUUCGGCAUCGGCUCUGACUAUGUCGACGGCUCCUCCUUCCAUCCUGAGCGCAAGGAGCGAGAGAGGGAGAAAAGGGAGCAGGAGAGAUUGGAGCGGGAGAGGCAACAACAACAGAAAUACCAGCUUCUGGAGGAUGACUCUGAUUCCUCACCUCCCCGAAAACAAAGCAGAAAGAAGAAGAGAAGGAAAAACAAAAACAGAGACAGUUCGGAGAGCCCUUCCCCCUCUCCGCAGAGGGAAAAGAAAAAGAAGAAGAAGAAGAAAAGAGAGGAGUCUGUGGAAAAGGACAGAGACAGCUCCUCAGAUGGACGUCAGACGUCAAAGCGAAAGAGAAAAAGAAAACGAAGUGAAAACGACACCCCUCCCCCCUCAAAGAGCCAAAAACGGCGUAGCGCCUCCUCCAGCUCUGCUCGCAGCCAAUCCCCUUCACCACUGAGAGAGAGGCAGCAAAACCAGCCAAUCAGGAGAGCUGAUGAAGACAGGAGGGCAAAGAGUCCCGACCGGAGGGCGAGGAGUCCCGACCGGAGGGGGCGUGAUCGUAACGACAGUCCACAGAGGAAGGGCGGCAGAGAGAGAUCUCCAAGACGCCAGAGUUCUCCUGAGCGCAGCGGGAGGGACAAAGAAAGAGAACGAGAAAAAGAACGAGCGAAAGACAAACCUCAGAGAGGAAGGCACGACUCAUCAUCCCCCUCUCCCCCACCGCAGGAACGACAGAGAGACAGAAGACAAAGGAGUGAAGAGAGGGAACGCGAGAAAGGGGCGGAGAGAGAAAAACCCCCGCAAAGGAAACGACACGAUUCUUCAUCUCCCUCUCCUUCACCUUCUCCGAAACGCCAGAAAGACAGGCGACAGAGGAGUGAAGAGAGAGAGCGAGAGAACGAGAGGAAAACCGACCAGUCUCGUAAACGACACGACUCCUCCUCGUCCCCCUCUCCAUCUCCACCGAGAGGGAGAGAAAGAAGAGGACGAAGUGGUGAGAGGGAACGAAUGAAAGAGAGAGGAGCCUCCCCACACGUGACGUCCGACAGAGGAAGAGAGAGGGACGGAGGUAGAGAAAGAGAGCGACAGAAGGACAGGGAGAGAGGGAUGUCACCGCCCGGUCGAAAAGAUAGCAAGGGGAAAGAAACCGACAGAGGGCGAGAGAGAGGGAGACACCCGUCCGGCGACUCCACCUCCCCUGUCUCACGCUCCCCCGUUCCAAACGGAAGACAGAAAGAGAGGGAACGAGAAAGGGAAAGGGAGGAACAGAGAGAGAAAGACAGAGAGAGAGAAGCGAACAGGGAGCGAGACAGACAAGACGAGAGGAGAAAAGAGCGGGAGAACGAGAGGGAGAGAGAGGGCGACAGAGGAAGAGAAAAAGAGGGACCACGAUCCGCCAGGCACCCCUCCUCCUCUCUCGGCGCCCCGUCCGAGGAACGCCAUCCGGGGAGAGAGAACGAGACCGAGAGGGGGCCGGAGAAAGAAAGACGCGGGGCGGAAAACGAGAAAAAAGACAGAAGACUGGAAGAGGAGAAGAAGCAGAACAGGGCACGAGAGAGCAGCCCACCAGAGAAAGAGAGAGAAAAAGAGCGGGUGAAAGACAAAGAGAGAGAGAAAGAGAAGAGGAAAGAGAAAAGUACGGCAGCUAGCAGCAGCAGCAGCAGUAGCAGCAGCAGCAGCAGCAGCAGCAGCAGCGAGAGUGACAGCGACAGCUCGUCCUCGUCAUCUUCGUCAUCCGGUUCCUCGUCUUCCUCCUCUUCGUCCUCCUCCUCCGACGAAGAAAAGAAGACUCCCAAAGAGAAAAGCGCGUCUAGGAAAGAGGGCCCUCGCUCUUUCGUCUCCCCAGCACCCGUCCCUCAACGAGAGCAGGAAAACGGAGGUAGAGACAGAAAGGAGCACGGGAAAGAAAGAUACACGCCCACCGAGAGGCAAACCCCGCCCCCCACGACCAAGAGGCAAGCCCCUCCUCCUACCGCACGAGAAGAGGUCAGGGAGAAGCGAGGGAAAGAGCGGUACACUCCAACCGAGAGGAAGAGUGCAGCUUCAUCCUCCUCUUCGCCUCCCAGAAUGACACAGAGGGACAGCCACUCGGAGAGAGACAGAGGGAGAGAAAGAGACAGAGGGAAAGAGAGAUACACCCCUGCGGAGGUGGACAGCUCCAGCCCACCCCCAACAUCUCCUCAGAGAGGCCGAGAACAGGCUGCGUCGGGCGGAGACCGCUACACCCCUACAGAUGCCUCAAAGGCCCGACCUAGAGACUCAGAGAGGGGUAGAGAGCGAGGAAAAGAGAGGUACACGCCUUCCGAGUCGGAGCGCGAACCGCCUCGCCCUUCGCCCAGGAGGGAGCGGGAUGCGGAGAGAGAAAGAAAGAGGAGAUCUGGAACUCCGCCGUCACCGCGGGGGAGAAGGGAGGAGGAUUCACAGGGUUUCAAACGCACGGCGUCUCGGCCGUCUCCGCGUCGGACGCCUCCGAGGCAGUACCAGGACCGACAGCGUUCGCCGAGCCCACGACGGACCGCGCGGAGAGCCUCGCCUUCCCGGUCGCCGCGGCGAAACUCCUCGCCUCCGCGGAGAGACCGUAGCCGAGACAGACAGAGAGAGAGGGACAGAGAAAGAGACAGGGAGCGGUCGCGAGAGAGGAGGAUGAGGAGUAGCAGAUCCCGAAGCCCACGAAGACGUAGCCCCCCCUACAGGUCGCGUCGAUCCCCCUCUCCGCCUCGUCGGAGGAGGAGUAGCCGUUCGCUCUCCAGAGAGCGAGAAAGAGAGAGGGAGCGAGAGAGAGAGAGGGAGCGAGACAGAGAAAGGGAAGAGAGGGAACGAGAAAAAGAGAGAGAGAGGAGAGAGAGGGCGCCCCCCAGAGAUCCCACGCCACCUCGCCGCUCCCCCUCUGCCUCCUCCACCUCCUCUUCCUCUUCCAGUUCGUCAUCAUCCUCAACUUCUGAGAAAGAGCUGGAGAAAAAGACCAAGCCCAGUUCAGAGAAAGAAGGCCGGACGUCGAGAGAGAGUGGAGAAAAGGAGAGAGAGAGGCAGGUAGAGAAGAGGACAAAGCCUCCUUUGUCUUCCUCGCCUCAUCGUCCUUCCAGCCAGUCGGAUCGUAGAUCUCGAUCUCGGGAACGUCAACCCCGCUCCAGGUCGCCUGGUGUCGGCCAAUCAGAACGGAGAGAAUCCUCACGAGGAAGGGCGAGAGACCAGUCACCAUCUGCUCCGCCAGAGAACCAUCACAACCAGCGUGUGGAGCAGCCGUCCCGGUCAGAGAACGCAGUGAAUGGGAAAGCGGAAAAGAGGGCAGGCGACGAAGAGAAGAAAGGCAGAAGGAGCAGCUCCAGCUCCUCAUCUUCAUCCUCCUCCUCUUCGUCAUCAUCUUCUUCAUCUUCAUCCUCAUCUUCAUCAGACAGCUCUGACUCAGAGACAGAGCAACAGAAGAGCGGACUGGUGAAGCUUUUGUUUCUCGUUGCUCCUUUGAUUUCCAGUGACGGUAAAGCAGCGUUGGCCCGCCGGUCUUCUUCAUCGUCCUCCGGAAGCGACAGAGAGGAUAAAAAUAAGAGCCCACCUCAGCGUAGAAGAGUACCAGCUGAUUCGUUGAGGGAUUCCCGCUCGCUCAGCUACUCUCCUCCAAUGAGGCUUCGGCGAGCCGCGCAUUCCCCGCCCACUCGCAGAAGUGGCAGCAGAAAAUCCAGAAGCAGGUCGCCAAGCAGCAGACGGAGAAGAUGAAUUGACUAUACAUUUCCCCGCCUGAUCUUUGGUCUGCUCUUGGAUUCUUGUCUCGGCACCUAACUGGACUGUACCAUUAUGUGGAUAAGAUCAUGCACAUGAAUGAUAAGGACAUUGUGAUCAGUCAAUUAAUGACACAAACGUGGAACAUGUUUAAAAAAA